AUGAGGGGGUUGAAGAGGGUAAUCUCCAGGAGAUUAACACUAACACAAAACUGCAAGAGUUGGUGUAGAGAUGCUCUGGCUGGUGACAGGUUACUAAUACUAUAUGACUAUCCAGUUGAUGAUGUAGUUGAUGAUACAGCUGGUGAAGAUGCUGCAAGUGAAAGUGAUAGUGAUAGCAGUGAUGGAGAUUGGGAUGAAAAGAAUUCAGAAUAUGAUCAGGAAGAAUCUGAAAAUGACUAUGAAUACACAGUCGAUGAUAGUGGUGGUGUAGAAAGGGUUGGACAGAAAGAUACUUGUGCUCUCUGUAAAAUUACAGGUAGGAGAAAGUUUCCUUCAAGGACAGCCUCACAAGGGACACAAAGUGAACCAACUGAUAGGCCCAGCACAAGUGAGGUUGGAAACAAGUGUGGUUCCUGUGGAGUCACAGAUCACAACCAGAGGAAGUGCCCUUUCAUUGAGCCAGCAGAGGGGGUUGUAGACCUUGGCAGCAAUGCUGAUGACCUUUUUGAUACCGUAAACCUUACUGCAAACACUGUCUCAUCUAUUAGGAAGCUUGUUGACCCUGAUGAGUCCAACUGUGAAGAGACUGGUCUUCAUGAAAACAUUGUUGCAAUAAGCUUACGGCCUAUGGACUGUGUUUCUUAUUGUGAUCUAAGUAGUUUAUCUCAUCCUAUUAAAUUUUCCAAAAAUGUCCAGAUGAAAAAGGAGAUUACAAAGGGAAAGCAACAGGGGCCUGAAAAUGAAGAGCUAGAUUUCAUGUUCUUAGAUGAUCCUGUAUUUCAAGUGAAGCAACUACGGGGUAGGACAAUCAGUGUUGUCCAACCUAAUCAGAUCAACAACACCAAGUUUCAGGAAAUUUUCGGUGAUGUUGUACCCCAGCAAUACAAGAUCAGUUAUUCAUAUAAGAUAGCUCAGUUGAAGAAUGUCAAGAAGGUGACUAUUCAGUCAAAGAUGGCCGCACAGAUGCAUAAACCAGAUGGUGAGAUUGAUUGGGCCUCACAAGCUGUCUGUGACAGCAUUGCUGAACAGACAACUAAAGCUAUUAUAAGAACCAAUGAGAAAUAUGAGAUCUAUGGAUUGAAACUCCCUCCUUCCUCAACAGAUGAUAUGUUCAGUAUAGAUUCUACUCAGGCCAAACCCUCAGCAUAUAUGGCUGCUAAACUUAUUGCAACAACCACUGAGAUGUAUGAAAUGUAUGGUCCUCAUGUCAAAUUGAAAGAUAUUGGUAAGCCAAAACCCAUGUUGAAGUACUUGAAGACUGAAAAGUAA